GCCGCGCUCCGCGUCCGGCAUUCGUGGCUAGGCCGCUGAGGAGAGUGGUUUUGCAGCUCCGUACCGUCCGUGCCUUGUGUCAGUGAAGUGCCUCUCUCUGGAUUACUGUGACUUUUCUGCGGCCCUUGGAAAUGUCCGGUUCCCAGGUCGGACCGUGAACUGUCGACUGUUGUUGUCGCACCGGACUCCGCGGCUGACCGCUACCGUUUCCCCAGAAAAUGCGCGAGGUGUUCGCGAUAGGUGCUACGGACACGAACGCCAACAUGAGCCCGAUCAUGAUGUCCUCCCAGCCAGGAUACUUGGAGUUGACCCCGGAACAAUCCAAGAGACUUAUACGCACCGAACCCAUCGAGGAUUACUAUGAAGUCGAGGAUCAACCAUUUGCAAGGGGCAAGUACGCGACUGUACGGAGGUGUCGAGACCGCAAGACCGGACGGCAAUACGCCGCCAAGUUCUUGAGGAAGAGGCGGCGCUCGACCGAUCUUCGGCCUGAGAUCCUCCAUGAGGUCGCGGUCCUGGAAGCCUGCAGAGAGACACCCCGUGUGGUUAGGCUUCAUGAGGUCUUCGAAUCCAAUCAUGAGAUGGUUCUACUCCUCGAGCUAGCUUGUGGAGGAGAGCUGCAGAUGUUGCUGGAUAAGGAUGAGGUGCCAAGUGAACGUCAGGUGGUGAGAUUGAUGCGCCAAAUUCUCGAUGGCUUGGUGUACCUUCAUGACAUCAAUGUGGCGCAUCUAGAUAUCAAGCCCCAAAACCUGGUGCUGACGGGGCAGUUUCCGGACUGUGAGGUCAAGUUGUGCGACUUUGGCAUCUCUCGAUACCUGAGCCAAGGCGUGGAUGUCCGAGAGAUCCUAGGCACCCCUGACUAUGUUGCUCCUGAGGUGCUGAACUAUGAACCCAUCAGCCUUGCAACAGAUAUGUGGUCGGUGGGUGUGUUGGUGUACGUUCUGCUGACUGGCUGUUCCCCCUUCGGAGGUGACACCAAGCAAGAGACAUUCUGCAAUAUCGCGCAAUGUCGGCUUGACUUUCCCGAUGACCUGUUUGAAGACAUCUCCGAGGACGCUAAGGACUUCAUGAGGAAGCUCAUGGUUAAGAAUCCGAGUAACCGGUUGACUGCCAAGGAGUGUCUUCAGCAGCCUUGGUUUACUCGAGAGUCCUGUGAUCUGAAAUCCUCUGCAAUUCUCUCUGUAGAAACCAAGCCGACAAAGCCGAGAACGCCUGUGCCCAGCAAACGACCUAUUCCUACAAGUGAAGAGUGUGGAGAGAACAUCAACUCGUCCGCAUUCACCCCGAAAUCAAAACCCCAUGAAACACCACUGAAAGAAAGUUCCUCUAGCACUCCCAUAUCAAAACCGGUGGAAGUCAAUGCCAACAAGGGAUUAAGCGCCGAAAGACGCAAAUCUUUCAUGAAGAACAUGGAGAGUUUGGUGGAAAAACUGGAGGGUGAGAAGGAAGUGGAUAACAGUUCCAAGAAGAAUGAUGUCCCAGUACGGGAAAAUCCCACAGAAAUUAGACUGACCAAGGUUGAUAGUUUCCGUAGUAUGACUAGAGCCAGUGGGAUGCAGACGAUGCCAGUUUCAGGGUUUUUGAGGUACAACAGGAAUAACCAUACGGAUCAACCAUCCACUUUUAACCACAACCGGGAGGUCGAUCGAGAAUCGGUUUUCAAAUUCAGACGAGUGUUUAUAAUAAAUGAUAUGGAAGACCACUCGCCUCCUCCUUCAAUUAAUGGAUCUCUGAGUUCAGACAACUCUUCCAUCAGUGACUCAAACAGUGACACAGUCAGUGAAAUGUCAAUCGACUCAUCGAGCGAUAGGUCCAGUAUCAUCUCCCUCGACGACUCUUUUGACUUCCCGUUCGGAAAAGGUCUUGGUAACAGUCGACACUACUCAUCGUGCUACAAUGUUUGGGAAGCAUCGAAAAACUCAAGGGUGCCACAGAGAAUGUUUCCGAGAGAAUGCAAUGGCUCAUUUGCCAGAGCACUUUCACGAUUUGCCACACAAACGGAAGACGUCAAAGAAGGUGCUUUCAUCAAACAAAGGAAAACACUUACAGUUUUUAAUGGUGGGAGUCCGACGACAUCGACACCGAACGGCAAGAAGUGUGUGGGCCUAGAGCUCAUGCGGGAGAGGAACGGGAAUAUCGUCGUGAUCCGAGAGGUGAAGGCCAUCAACGGCAGCAGGUACCCACGGUGCAGUGAAGUCAAAUGCGAGUCUGUACAGUCGAGGAUACGAAGGCUUCAAGUUCAAAAUGGACUAAAAACAGAACUUUCUAAAGACCAUUACAAUAUAUUUUAGAAUAACUUAUUUUUUGAAGACAAUCAGCUAAGCAAACUCACAGCCAUCCUUCAGUGACAUUUUGUUCUUCACCAAGUGAAAUCCAUUUUUAAGGUAAAAAUAUUGGAGCAAUAAUUGCUAUCAGUUGUAAGACAACAUUCCGAAUAAAUUUAUUCCUAUUUAAAACCAGUCUUUCAGUUUUAAACUGUUCUUAACGUAGACAAUCCUUGUAAACUGUACAGGUAAACUCAUUCCAUCAUGUACUGUUAACUUGUUUAAUUCAGUGUGUUUACAGCGUUUAAAACAAUAUUCAAAAACUGUAGCUAAAAUUUAAGUAAAACAAGUUCCGAUGUGCCUUAAUGUGUACUAUAUAAAAUAAACUGAAAACUUAAUACUAGUCAUAAUUUAAUUGUUAAAAAUAAUACCUAAAAUACUGAAUUAGUUUGUAAGUUAGAUUAGAUCUAUCUCGAGUGCAAUGUUUCAGUGUAAAACUCAAUUUAUAUUUUCGUCUUGACCGACUUACCGAGGCUAGUUAAAUAUUUAUUAUUUAUUAUUUCUGCAUACUUAAGCUUAAAAGGCCGGUUUACUUAUAAUAGCUCGAAUAAAAUUACGGCUUUACAUCUAUCUGUAGAGUUAUUGGAUUUAAACUAAAUUGUAUUAAUAAUGUGUUAAUACUGUAAAUUAAUGUUUUAAAGAGUUUUAUAUGAGUACAAUAUAUUUGUAAAAAGACUUAGAAAUAUCGCCAAGUUUGUUUGUAAAUUUUGUUACGUAUUUAAGUGCCAACACAAUCAAAUAACAAAUCCCAAUGCACAAAGUUGUGCGAGUGUUGUUGACUUCUGUGAUUAUAUAUAGUGUUUUUUAUUUAUACAAAGUUGUGUAGUAUUGUAUUCAUUAUGUGCUGAGGAAUUCUUUUUUGGAUUCUAUUCGCCUGUUUAUCAUGUUUUGUAAAUAUUUUAAUGUUAUGUCAUGAUUUAAAAUAUAAAUAUUUUCAUUUAAA